CAGUGAUGUCCACGCUGCUUUGACACAACCUGUGUGGUCAGUGCCCUGUACAGGUGAACAACUGACCCUGCAGGAUUCAGGCUUGAAGGGCAGGUGGGCUUCUCCAGUGAUUACCUCAAAAAUGUAACUCGAGGUCAGUGUUGACAGCAACUUCUGUUCUAAUCAGUAAUGUGUGCACAGAGCGCCGGUGGGCACCAGUGGGGGAUGUGGCAGAAGGAAGGGAGAGCUCCAGGGACAGGACAAACAGUCCCAACAGAGAAGCUCGCUACCGGCUGGUGGGCCGAGGCACGGUGUGAAAGCAGAGAGUGAUUGAUGUGUCGAUUAGCCAGGCAGAGAAGAGAUCUGUGGCGUUAACAUUGCUCUCAUAGUCACAGCAAACUGCUGAUGUGCUGCGCUGGCCAAGGGCCCAGGGCCACUAACUGGACAGCUGAGAAGCGGACAGGCGUCUGCCCAGCGAAUGCCACUGUGACGAUGCUUAAAAUGUGGAAUAUUGGCAUUCAGAUCGUGCGACUGAAGUGCCCCCCGCCCAUCAUCCCCAUAUAGAGGACGGAGCUGAAUGCAGAGUUCCAUCUUGUCACCUCCGGUGACUCGGGUGCAGGAAGAGUGACAAGGGGGUGGGGAAGUGGGGGGAGCAAGUGGACUAUAUCAGCUGCCUCUGCUGAAGAGCUGCAGGAGAAGCCAGCAGUAGAUGGAGAGGUAGCUCUGCAUGUAGCACCCGACACACUCCGUGGGAGCCCAGGGUAGAAAUCCUUCUUUGCUGUGAAUCUUAGCUCUCACAGCAGACUUCAGUUACAAUGACAUCUCUACUGCUUGAAGAGAUGUGUCACCUCACAGCUCAGUCUCUGUCCACCUUCGAGGUGUCGGACCACUUCCGGGUCAUCAAGCAGCUGGGCCAGGGCUCCUAUGGAAAGGUAAUGCUGGCUGUGCACAAAGGAAAAGGCACCCCCAUGGCACUGAAGCUUUUCCGCAAGAGCAACACGUCCAAGCUCUCGUUCCUUAGGGAAUACACUAUCUCACUCUGUCUGUCCAGUCACCCCUGUAUCAUCGGAGUCUUUGGAAUUGUUUUCCAGUCACUGCGGCUCUACGGGUUCGCCCAGGAAGUGGCCAUCCAUGGUGACCUGUUCGAAAUCAUCGUACCUCAGGUUGGGGUACCAGAAAGCAGUGCCAGGAAAGUCCUUGUCCAGCUCAUUCAGGCCCUGGAUUUUCUGCAUGGGAAGGGGCUGGUCCAUCGUGACGUGAAGCCAGAGAACGUCCUGGUUUGUGUGCCUGACUGCUCUCGGGUCAAGUUGUCUGACUUUGGACUCACAAAGCCACGUGGAUCCCGGAUUCAUGGGACAUCGGGGCCUGUCCCUUACAGCGCCCCUGAAUUGACUAUCUCGGAGGAGGAGGAGAAGGCGCAACAUGGUACCACACCUCGCCUACUGGCCGAACCAAGCUUGGACUGCUGGGCACUUGGCGUCCUCCUCUUCUGUAUUUUAACUGGGAACUUUCCCUGGGAGAAGACAAGCUGUUCAGAUCCAUUAUAUCGGGAGUAUAAAACAUGGUUUGACAGUCAAGAGGUGCAUCACGGUGAUCCACUGGCAGAUCACACAGAAGCAGGAGAAUCUUCAAGCCCCUCCAGCAGAGUGGGAGAUGAUGGAGGUCAAGAAGGACAGACCAGGAUGACCGCUCCUACCCAGUUCUCCUCCUUCACCACCCUCGCCCUCUCACUUUUCAAAGGACUCUUGACACCUGAUGCUAAGGCUAGGGCAGCCCCUAAGGAGGUCCUUCAGUAUUUUGGGGGUGCCUGGGUGAAGGAUAAAGCAAGGGAAGGCAUAGAGCUGGGUACAAAAACACAGUCACGCAACUCAGAGGUGGCGGAGUGCCGGCCUUCAUCUUUCAGCUGUGCCGUACAGACGGGACAGAAGUGGACUCAGCUGUGAAGCAUCAAGCACUCAAAGGUCAAAAUUUGGGGUUUUCCUGCCAAAUGAACCUCUGACCUCUAUUUUAUAAGUUUAUAAAGGAAUUUUGUAAACUGUGAUUUCUUUUUUUUUUCUUUUCUAGGUUGAACAUAUUCUUUAUUGCAGUUGAAUAAAAUAAUUUUUUCUGUAAAA